AUGGAUUUCGUUCAACUUCCAAGGCCAGAGUUUCCAGCCUGCCAAGACCCAGCGAAGGAGGAAGGGGGAAAGGAUGUGGUUGCACAAACCAGCCUCCAGGGUCAAGUAGAAAAAACAACUUCGGAUGUCACGACCCCAGUUAAGACGCACGAGGCUGUCGCUGACGCCGUGGCUUCUGACAAGCCCGUUCCUGGAGUGGGGAAUGGGAGGUGUUCUCCAACCCGGCCUGGUACUGAGGAGACAAAUUCCUUGAAUUCGUUUCCACUGGAGGGAGGCGGAAAAUCAGGAAAUGGCGCAAAUGUGCAAGAGGGGACCGUCCCCUGUAGCGCCCAGGACAACGUGGACUUCAACAACUUGGUGUUGUCCCAGUCAACCUCCUUCAUCAAGUUUGGGAGCAGCACCUCGGGCCACGAAAGUGAAACUAUUUUAUUAGGCUCUGGAGACCCAGCUGGAGAAACAGAACUGGUUUGUUCGCAUAACGGCUUAAAUCCGAAUGUCCAGGUGAGCGGAGCCAUCAGGAAAGGCAGCAGAAAGGAGGAAGAACCCGGACAUACCACAGAGCUACUAACCCCGGAGGCGCCGAAAGAAGCGGUCAAGGAAAACAAAGAACCUUCUAUAGACUCUCUGGUGGACAUGUCUCAGGAGAAGUCCUUCUCGGAGGAGCCAGUGACCGAUUCUUCGUGCUCAGCGGCGGUCCCUCCGGAGCAAGCCCUCGCCGACAAGGAAGGCCAAAGGGGCUCCUCAAAGCGGAAGAAGAAGAAAAGGCACAGCAAGAGCAACCCAAGUGGCGCAGCGAGACAGAAAAAAUAAAAAGAAGCGCACUCUUCAGUAACAUAUGCUAUGGAAGGUAGCCAUGGUAAUGGGGGUAGAGGUGGGUUGUUGUUUUUCUCCUAGGGUGACGGCGGGUAUUUCAUAGGUAGCACCCAGAUGCAAGAGAUUUCCAAACAUACGUGCCUUACGCGAAGUUCUAAUUCUGUACAAACUCCCUCCCAGUUUCAUGCUGUUGCAACAGGCCUCUGGGUAACUCACAGAUCAAACGCCUGCAGAAGCCGAGGGAGAUGUGGCCUAAGUGGUGCCUCUAGAACCCAGUGGCAGGGAUGAUUUAAGCCAACAGUGUCAACUUCCUAUUGGAAGUGCUUCCAUUAAAUGACUGUAUAAAUGGGCUCUGGGCCAUUGAAAGAUAUGUGGGACCAAGGUUGUGUUGUUUGUUGUUUGUUACUGUGUUACAUGAAAUGCAAAUGCUCUGCUGCGUCUGUUCCUACAAAGGCUCACACUCCUGUUCCAACUGAAAUAACAAAUUUGGCAAAGCUAUAAGGCAGGGGUCCCCAAACUAAGGUUCGCGGGCCAGAUACGGCCCGUGCGAGCCAAUUAUCCGACGCCCGACGACG